GGCAGACUCAUUCUGCUACCAGUGCGCUGUGCGCUCCUCUCUAUGCCAGUACCUCUCCGAUUGGCUCCCACACACACACUCACUUUUUACUGCACGCUACACACACUUAUCCUGAGGAGCGCAGACACAGACAGACACUGUGAGGUUGUUGAGCGGGAGCGGCAUGGAAUGGAACCUCAGAAGGAUGGACAGUGAACUCAGACAGAUCAACUCGGACCUGCUGCAGCCCAGUAAGAGCAUCAAGAAGCCCUCGUCAGGCACCAUCACCCUCAACGUGGGGGGCUUUCUGUAUGCCGCGCACCGCACCACCCUCAGCCGCCACCAGGGGUCAGUGUUGGAGGAGCUGGCCAGCGGCAAAAAGACCGUCCAGCACACUGACUCCAUGGGCAACCCCUUCAUCGACCGUGACGGCCCUGUGUUCCGACACAUCCUCAACUUCUUGCGGACCGGAGACCUGCAGCUACCCGAUGACUUCCGAGAGGCGGGCCUUCUGAGACGGGAAGCAGAGUUCUACCGCCUCAGUGGAUUGGUGGAGGCCAUUUUGGAGUGGGAGGAGCUGCGGGCGGUACAGCGGGAGCCCGCCUUCCUGGAGGUGACUGACGAGAGGUCACAGGGCUUCAAGGUGUACUGUAGUGACCCCAGUUUCAUUGACAAGGUCAAAGGUCGCCUGGUUCAGAUCUCAAAGAGCCGUCUGGACGGCUUCCCGGAGGAGUUUGAAGUGUCGUCCAACGUGAUCCAGUUCCGCCACUUCAUCAAGUCAGAACCGGGCUCCAGGCUGGUGCUGAAGCAGGACAGUACCUUCGUGUGUACUCUGGAGUGUCUGAAGCUAGAGACGGUGAUGCUGGCUCUGAAGGCUGGCUUCUCUAUCAUCACCUCUCUGGACAGCAGCAAGGGAUCUGUGGUGGCCGCAGAGGCACUGCACUUUGUCAAGUAAGAGAGGGAAGAGAGGGGAAGAAGGAAAGAUGGGAGAGAGGGAUCUGGGAGAGAAUGGACAGGGAGGUAGAAAGAGAAGGGAAGAGAAUGGGACAGGUAACAGGCAGGUAGAGAGGGGAACUAGAGGGAGGAGAAAGGUGUCUGAAUCCAGAUUGACCCCUAGCACCUGGGCUGGAACUGCUGCAGGACAGAACACACACUCUCAGAGGAACAGUCUCCUACUGGAUUGCAUCAAGCUGCUUUUUCCAUCCUGUCUGCUCCACCUUCAAACCAGCCUUUGUGUGCACAGUGAGGUAUUACAGUGUGUGUGUUCAGUUGCUGUGGUCUAAUAUUUAGUUGUGUGACCAAGCCUUUUUCUGGAUCCUGGGGGGGUGGUAGAGUGGAAGAACGUACUGACUGACCUACUGACGGUUGCUGAGUAUUGGACGAAAACAAUUGUAUUAUUCCAGAAACUUCUCACACAUAGCCUGACUGGAUGAAAGGUGUGCUUUGCAGAAAAUAUACACGUAGGGUUUAGACCCAAGGGUUCAAAUCUAGCAUGAUGCAUGCGCAGUGAAGAUUUUCAAAUCAGAAACCAACUUUGUGAUUGUUUGAUCACCUGUGCUGUGAGUGAGUAAGUGACAAUGUGUUCAUUUGGAUAUGUGAAUGUUUUGUUUUACACACAAUAAAAGUAAUGAAUAUUGUCAGUCA